AUCAAUCCAUCUUGAUCUCAUCUCCUCUCCAUAUAAAAACGACAUACCCAUAUAUAAAGCAACUUACGCAAUUACCAUCAAAGGAAAAGGAAAAGGUCUGUCCCACUUCUCCACUUGAUCAACAAAAUGUCUCAUGACAUGGACAUGCCCAUGCCGACGAUGCACAUGGCCACGAUGCACAUGACCUUCUUCUGGGGCAAAGAUGUAGAAAUGUUGUUCAACGACUGGCCUAAUGGCAAGUUAGGCAUGUAUAUUUUGGCUUUAGCUUUUCUGUUCGUUCUUGCUGUUGCAAUUGAGUUCUUUUCCGUGUUCACAACCAUCAACUCUAGAGCAUAUACAAUUGUCGGUGGUCUGACUCAGGCUAUUGUUUAUGGACUCCGUAUGGCUCUUGCAUACCUUGUAAUGUUGUCUGUGAUGUCAUACAAUCUUGGUGUUUUUAUUGUUGUGGUAGUGGGACAUACCACCGGGUUUUUUCUCAUGAAGUAUCGGUUGUAUUUGAAAGCCAAGGAUCAUGAUACCAUAUGACACUUUACCAUUGAUUCAGCUCUGAUGAGUGUAAAAAGAAAUUUGAUAUUGAAUGAUUACUCAUUCGACCAUGAUAAUAACAAAGAGAUUUAAGAUUUUCGAAGCUUGCAAAAGUGGUUUAGGUGAAGAAACUGUGAUCAAAUACGUGUUUGGCCUCGAGUAUGUAAUAUAUACACCACAUCUUUUCUCCUGUGAUUUAUUAUGCAAGCUUUUGUUAACAUACUAAAAAACAUGUUAGUACGACAUCUGAACUGAAUAUAAGACCAUCUGACAUGACUUAUUUUGGCAAAUGGCAAUUUCUAACAAUCUGAAUUCAAGUAAUAGUAUUUAGUAAUAGUAAUGUCAUUUGGUGGGCUAAUAUAUAUUUCUAUUCGCCGUUUCAAAAAAAAAAUA